AUGCCCUCCUCAAAAGGCGAGCCUGACAAGCCAGAGCUCCGCGAAAAGGUCAAAGAAGAAGUCAAAGCCAUGCAGAAGGGCGGCGGCGCAGGCUCAUGGUCAGCAUGGAAGGCAGGAGAACUAGCACGUCGCUACGAAGCCCAAGGAGGUGGGUAUCUCGAUAAAGGCGAGCACAAGAAUAAAGCUCAGAAAGGAGCACCUGACCCCAAAGACCCAAAGGACAAGAAGGAGAACGCUGCGGAGAAGAACAAGCGGGAGAAGCAGGAGCGUGAAUCGAAGGAGGCUGAGCAGGGUGAAGACAAGAAAGAGGACAAGAAGGAGGAUAAGAAGGAAGAGGGAAAGGGUGCGAAGAAGGGAGGAAAGAAGAAGUAG